AAUGCGUAUGUACUGCUGGACCUUCGACUGGCAAAUACCAGAGUAGUAACCUGCACAGUAUAUGCAAUGUGUAAAACGCCCCGACGUCAAAAAGUGCAGCACUAUCUCGAAAUAUGCAACUGGAGACGUAAAUAUAUACCAAAGUUAAGUAGUCGUUAAUAAUUAUCCUGACCCUCUAAUCAGUAUUUUCACAGAGGACGAAACUAAAGUUUUAAAACACGUCUGUAAACAUACUUAUAGAGAGGAAACCGGGUCCCUAAUCCCGGACUCCAUAUCACUGACACACGGACACCUAACCCCCUUAAUUAAGGAGCGAAUCACGAGAUUAGAACGUACCAGCAUCGUAAUUGAUACUAACUCUAGUAGUGGGGUGCUUAAGAAGGUCAAAACGUAGGAGAGAACGAGAACGAUAAUGACUCCCAUCUAUAGACAGACACACUUGACAAAAAUUAUACCAUAUGACUCUAAGCCCCAGAUACUUCAUCAGCACUCACUCCAGGGACUGGAAAGUAGUCAGAUGUCAAUACAGAGAGAGAUUGUGUAGCUGGAAAAAAAGUGCAUAAAAUCUAACAAUGGAGUAUGAUUAUCCUGAUCAGUACGGUGAGCACUCGGGGAAUUUUUCUGGACACUACCCAGAUUACAGCGAUGACUACUAUUCAGACUUUUAUCCGUUUAAAUACGAAGUCAAAGCAGACUGGGAGAUACCAAUCCGAGGACCCAUCACUUUCUGCAUCGCGACGACGACGCUGAUAACGAAUUUCUUGUUGAUAUUUGUUUUCAUCUUCAGAAGCAAGCGUUCUCCAACCACCAUUGUUCUGACUUCAUUAGCAAUUUCUGACUCCUUGAUCUGCAUAACAAGGCUACCGGAAGCAAUAUAUUUCAACAUGGCUCAAAAUUAUAAAAAUCUUUAUAUGAACUACAGCUGGUGUGUAACAAACCAUGCUUUAUUCGUGAUGUAUAGCAUAUUCCGUAUGACAUCCAACUGGUUGACGGCCUUGUUGGGACUGCAGCGUCUUCUCGCUGUUUGCAUGCCGUUCUAUUACUCGAGGAUCUGUAGUACCUCAACUACAGUGAUCAAAAUAGCUUCCAUCGCUGUCAUUUCUGUGUUUGUAUACCUCUACGAAGCACUGGGUAUUGAUAUCAAAGAACUGCCGAUUUACUCCACAAGGUUCCGCAAUGAAACUUUACCGUCCGGUUGCACAAGGGAAAUUUCCAAAUCCUUGAUAAACGUCGUUGGGGAUAUAAAAAAAUCCAUGAUGCUGUUUUACAUCUUCUCUGGAUUUCUGUCUCGUCUAUUGCCAGUGAUCGUGUUACUGAUAACCACUAUAUCUCUCGCAUAUUUACUGCACAAGCGCAUCACCAGUUUCAAAAGCUCAGAUUCUUACAAGAAAGAACAGCUCAAGAGAGUGAAUAAACUAGUGAUAAUCAUUCUCAUUGUAUUCCUCGUCGCCGAAGUCCAGGACGGAAUUGCAUUCCUGAUUUACGCACAUGAGCUUGCAACAGACCGAAAAAGAGAGGUUUUAUCCGAGGAGGCUGAUAUUCUUUGGGACACCAUAUCUACCACACUAUCUUUGAUCAGCUAUGACUGCAAUUUCUGGAUAUUCUUCAUGAUGAGCACACAAUUUCGUGUCGCCCUUUUGGAUAUGCUGCGGUGUCGAGGUAAAAGAUUGCGAGGAAUUCUUAAUCUGGAGAGUACAGACGGACGAACUAGCAACACUUACUCCAACAGUAGAGAGGACAGAAGCACGAUCAUAUAAAGAAUGGAAAUGACAAUGCUUUACCAAUGACAAUAGCAUACCAUAAAUGAGAAUCACUGGAUUAUCAGCGUUAAUGAUCGGAUAUCAUUCUGAAAUGCACCGUGUGUUCUUUUUCAAGACGUUAGUAGAAAACAUUAAUACGUCUACAGCUGCUCUUUGUAGACGAAUUUCAUUGUCUUCAAAUUUGUUGUACUUAGUAAUUACAAAAUUAGUCAUUAUAGACUGGGACAAAAUGAAUAUUGAUGUUAUCAUUUUCAUGUUUCCUAUUGUAUUCCUUUCAUCUUUUUUAUGGUUAAAAAUAAACUAAUUAAACGCAA